CGACCAAAUACAGAACUUCUUUAUAUCUGAAGGUCCUGAGGGCAACACAACCCUGGCCCUGAACAGUGUUGCAUUGCAGAAAGGACAGUACAGGCUGGUGGGGAAGAUGAUUGCCCUCUGCCUGGUGCAGGGGCAGGUCUCUCCGAGAUUCCUAUCACAGCGCCUCUACAGACAGAUUGCAGAUGCCACACAUGUGGAAGGUGCCAGGGAGGCUAUGGAGGAGGCCACAGACGAGCUCUCCCUCAUGGGCUCCUUCUCCUUUGUGCGGAGCCUCCCGCAUAGGGAUGAGCUGCUGGGGGCAGCCCUCAACUUCCUCACAGAGGGCCGUAUUUUGACUGCUCUCAAUCAAUUCAAAGAAGGGUUGGAGACCUUCGGGAUUCUAGCUCUUUUGAGGAUCCACCAUGAGGAGCUCAAGGGGGUCUUCAUGGACACACCUGAGCCGCUGCUGGCCUCCCGGUUGGAGUCCACAUUCAUGACGUCCUACCUGUCUGAGCCGGGCUCCAAUCGGAGGAGGAAGGAGGCCAGGACCCUUAUAUAUUGGAGGGACUGGCUGAUCGAGGUGGAGGAUGGAGAUACGAGUCUCACCCUGGGGGCGGUUCUGGCGUUUGCCACGGGCCUCAAAAGGAUUCCUGCUGUGGGUUUUCCCAUCGGACCCCGGCUUGAAUUCCUCCAUGAGGAAGAUGGACCGGCCCUUUUCCCCACGGCCAAUACCUGUUCCCUGGUCCUCAGGCUACCGGUGUAUCCGGAGUACAAUCGAUUUAAGGAGGCCAUGGAGGAAGGAAUAACCUCCUGUGGGAGUACCUUUGGCGUGGCCUAAUUUGGUGCCCAACCCCAUGGAAGGACGCUUGGAGUGCCCCCACACACACAGGGAAGGACGCUUGGAGUGCCCCACACACACACAGGGAAGGACGCUUGGAGUGCC